AGGGGGAGGCAGUGCCGUGGCAGAGAGGAGCCUGCUUUGCGUCCCUCAAGGCAGGCUGAUGGCCUCACAGUGAAGCCAAUGCCCCCAUGGCCACUACGGCGACGAUGUCCAUGGAGUCGUCUCCCUGGCUCCUCCACUUCGUCAUGGUGCCUUCAAUGCUUUCUUCUCCUCCUCCCUCGCAACAACAACUCUUCUUCUUCUUCUUCUUCCUCUUUCCUCGUCUCAAGGACUUCCUCUGCUGUACUGGCCUCGCUGUUCCUACGCAUCAUCGUGCCUUUGUUGCAUCAAUGUAGUUUUUGCCACUUGAUGGCUGCAGGUUGCGGCUUCGCUUGAAGGUUUUCUUCAAGGUUUGGAAUCGGUGGUAGUGGUGGUGGUGGUGGUACUGCUGCUGCUGUUUGUGUAUUGUAGUUGCUUUCAUUCCCCUCUCGUUCCUCCCCUCGCCCUUGCUUGGCAAUCCUCCGCUUGAAGGCUGUAGGGUCCAGUUGUAGAUGCGUUGUGAUAUAUAUGCAUUUGAGAUUUUGUAUGUAUGUGUGUGUUUGUGAGAUAGAGAGAGAGAGAGAGAGAGAGAGAGAGAGACGAUUUUUGACGUGUAAAAGAAGAUGAUCCGGGAGGUUUUGAGAGUAAGGGAGUGGAGCAUUCGAAGCUUUGUUGAGAUGGAGCGAAGUGUUGGUUGAGUGCUGGAGGAGUGGGAAUUGGAAUAGGGAGGGAUUUUAUUUAAUUUUUUUUUGCACAUUAGGAGCAGGAUGCCUGGUUUGAGAUACCAGUUCGGCAUGAGUCCUUUUACAAGCUCGCUAAACCGAGGUGACGGUAACGUUCUUGCGCAUCACACUGGUGGAAUCUCGCGGGACUGGGAGAUGUCAAGGCCUCAGAACGUGCCUUACUCGCCUAAUCAGUCCACCAAAAUGCGUCGUUCUCCUCAAUGGCUGCAGCCUAGUAAAGAAGAGUUCAAGCUUAAUUUCCUUGGCACAAGUAAGCAUUGGAGCUCCGCUGCCGUCGUGCCGGACACGACCUGCGAGAGCGAUGACUUGCAAGCCAUGGUGCAUGAUUUCAUUGAAAACGACUGUGUGGAACACAUGGAUGGAGUCGAUAGCGAUGGUGCCUCGAUUGGCUUGACGCUCAGUGAAAACUUGCAGACACUGACGAAGCCGCACAACACACGAGAACGGGAGCUUCUAGCUGACGUGGAGCGCCUCAUGUUGACAGUGAACGAGGAUACCAACCUGAUCUGUGACACCAUUGGCACCGAUUGCAAAGGAACGUGCAUCAAACGGUACAUUGUUAAGCACUUGAAAGCCUCUGGUUACAAUGCAUCGGUUUGCAAAUCCGAGUGGGCGAACUCCGGCCGUGUUCCCGGAGGCGAGUACGAGUACAUCGACAUUGUGCUCGAGGGAGAUCAACCGGUGGACCGUUUUCUCAUAGACAUCAAUUUCCAAACCCAGUUCGAGAUCGCAAGGCCUACCGCACAAUACGAGUCGGCUCUGAAAUGUCUUCCUAUUGUGUUUGUUGGCACAAUACCCAAUCUCGAGCAGGUUUUGAGGCAUAUGUCGGAGGCUGCCAAAGUCUCUCUGGAGCAAAACGACAUGCAUCUGCCGCCAUGGCGCACACUAGACUACAUGACGGCGAAGUGGUUAUCCAAAUUCGAGCGGAAAUCUGAUUUCGGAAUUUCCUCGGCUCACAGAGGUCCUUGCAGUCUUCACUGUCGUGGAAAGAGGAUUCCGUUUAACAACGAGGCUAGGCAUCUCGGCGACGAGUUCAGACAUACGAAAAAUCCGCUCCAUGUUGAAGCGAAUGGCUCAGGAUUGUUCCAUAUGCCGCGGGGACGAAGCUCCCGUGCAAAUUUACUGCUCAGAUCUGCAGCAUAGAUUCUCUUGCUGCAUGAUGCAAACAUCAGCUUGCAAAUCAAGCAGGCCUCCUCUUCUUCUUCUUCUUCUUCUUCCCAGCAUGGCGUCCAGCAGUGGAGCAACAACCAGUGACAUCAUCAGCCCUCUCAUUUUUCUUAACUAUAAAUUUUCAGGUACCAACUUUGCAGUAGAGUAUUUGUAGAAAGAGACUGGAGUAGGAGUGACGAUUUGGCGGUCCAGGUUGGAUUUUCACCUUACGGCGAGAGCGCGAGCUUUUCUGAAUCAUGUCAGUGUUUAAAGAGAUUUUUGUGCAGUAGAAGGCCUUUCCAACAUUUUGACGCCAAUCUUUGGUAUACAUAUGUAUCUAGAUGUAGAGAAACCAUUUACCACAGCACCCUUCUUCUCGAAGCUAUUAUCCCUAGUAGCAGCAUGGUAUGCAGCAUCUUGCAUGUCGUGCAAGACGCUGUUCAUCCUUGGAGAAGUUCAGUACAUUUAUGUAGGAUUCCCCCGCGGCUCAAACGACACUGUAAUGAGACUCUUCGGUGCUUCGAGGAUGUUUUAGGAUUUGUUUUUGAUUAGGCUAGAACCGCAGAUAGUGUCCCGGCAGAUUGAGCUGCAUUAGAAAGGAUAACAGCUACGCCAUGUAUAGACAGUUAGGUAGCUUGGUACACAUGAUUCACAUCGAUGAAGAGGAUUUCCUGCAGUUUCAUUUGAUGAAUAAACUGGAUUCAGCCGUCGCAAAUGGAUGGCUUUCUCAUGCAAUUUUUCAGCA